GAGAGCCAGCUCCUCAUGCUGUGUUACGACAUGUUUACCGCUGGUGCAGAAACGACAAGCAACUCUCUUCGAUUUGCUUUCCUUAUGAUGUUACGGCAUCCUGACGUCCAGGAACGAGUGCACAAAGAGAUAAAAGAAGCAGUUGGUACUGACAGACUCCCAACUCUCGAAGACAAAGACAGAUUGGUUUACACCAGAGCUGCACUAGCGGAAUCAAUGAGAAUGUGUCAUGUCUUACCAACACGUGGAUAUCGACGGGUACUCGACGACACCACGCUACAUGGCUGUAGACUUCCAGAGAAUACAGUUGUCCUGGUAAAUAUCUGGGCGCUGCAUAUGGAUAAAGACCACUGGGGUGAUCCCGAAGUGUAUCGACCAGAGCGUUUCAUUACUGAAGCUGGGAAGUUUAGAGAGGAUGACGCGUUCUUACCAUUUGGUCUUGGUCGUCGUCGAUGUUUGGGAGAGCAUUUGGCAAAAUGUUGCUUAUUUCAAAUGUUUACCGGAAUCUUGCAAAAAUUUCAACUGCUUCCAGCUGAUAGUACUAACCUGAAGUACUCUACUCUUGAGGGGGUUACCCUUGCACCAAAACCUUAUGACAUUAUUUUCAAAUCUCGUAAAUAUUGCAACGCCGCAGAAAUGUAA